AGUUUGAAUCCUCUGGGUGAUGUAAAGUAGAAAUUCAGCAAAUCUGGACGCGCAAACAGCAAGAAACACUCAGAGAGUCCCUCAAGUUCACGAUUUACGCCUCCAGUCACAAUGAGCUCCAGCGCAGCCUCAAACGGCAACGAACUCAUCCAGCUGCAGGAGCUGCUGAGCAUAGAGGCCAAUAACACGUGCUUUGACUGCGGCUCCAUCGGUCCCACCUGGGCGUCGCUCUCCCAUGGCAGUUUCAUCUGUCUCACGUGCUCAGGCAUUCACAGAGGUUUUGGCCUGCAGACGAGCUUCGUCAAGAGCGUGACGAUGGACACCUGGUCAGCCAGGCAGCUCUUGUACAUGAAAAACGGAGGAAACGCCAACCUCAAGUCAUUUUUUGACGAAUACAAGAUCACAGAGCUGCCGAUAUCGGCCAGAUACAAGACUGAAGGUGCAGCCUACUACAGGAAACGUCUCAGGGCAAUCGUAGACGAGGCACCCCUGCCUCCUCCGCUGGACCCAAGCAUCGCUCUCCAGCUCGAGUCUCAACACUCGGAGUACGUGCAGGGAACGCCCGCACCUGAAGCGCCAAAGCCAGCCCCUAAAAAGUCUGGAUUUACCAAUCGACACCCCGAACCUCAGGGUGACGUUUUCAACACAAUUGGAACUGCCUUUGGCUCAUUUGUCCAAACUGCCUACGCCAACGCUGAAAAGGCAGUCUCUGACAUUCAAACUAGUGCCGUCAUGGACCAGGCAAAGGGCAUGUUUGAAAUGAGCAAGUCGUGGAUCGAGGUCAAGGGGAAAAAGUUUGCCGAGAAUAUCCAAGACCCAGAGUGGUGGGAAGAGAACCACUGCAAGGCCAGAAUCGGAGCCCAAAAAAUGGCCUUUCAACUCACCAGCGUCGCAUCGAAUGCGCAGGACUGGUUUAACCGUAAAUUCACGGGGGUGUCUGGCCAGGAGGAGCAGUUUGUGUAUAGGCAGCCGGAGACUCAGGUGCAAAGCACCGAGACUCCUCCUCCUACAAUGAGCGCGCCGGUUGGCGGUUCAGCGUCUAUAUGGUCGGAGCCAAAGGAUACGGACGACUCGGAUCCUAUCAUGGACCAUUUCAAAAAGGUUGCGCCCUAAGGGAUCCGCUCUGGAGUGGGCGAGAGU